AUGGCAAUUAGAAAGGGACAAAAGAAGGCGCAGCGCAAAGUGACAACGGCGCUGAGAAGAAAAGGAAGCAAGGCGACGAAGAGGAAUAUCAUACCAUGGGAAACGCGUGAGAAGGAGGAGAUCGUCGCAUUCUGCGAAAAGCACCAUGCAAAAGGAUGGGAUGAGAUGUGUAGGCUCUGGCAAGCAGAGUACGGCAAACGACGGACGAGGGAAUCUUUGCGCGGAAAAUGGAAUUAUCUGACGGAGGGUGGUAAAGAACCGGGCGGUCACCGAGACGAUGACGCCGGCCUAGGUGCUUGUGUAGGAGCGGACCCAGCAGCCGCCCCGAAAGUAAUGCUUUCCAACGAGCCACCCCAACCUCUUUGCGACAGUAUUUACCGUCUACUUCAGAGCGGGCUUGCAAAUCAUGACCGGCGCCAGGAAAUGGCCCCGAGAGCUAAAAGCUAUGAAAAGCCCUAUGAGGGAAGACUCAUCAAGAUGCUAAGCAAAGGUGAGGCUCCGAAUCCGUUUGAUCAAUGCAUCUAA